UAUCAAGGGGAGCGAAAAGGGCGACAUUUAACGAAUGAAUGAAGUUUUCAAACACUCUCCUUCACGUUUGGUCACGUUACUGUAUUGGAAAAUUUACAGACACCGCUAUUCAACCAACCACAAUCUCACAACCUGGUUCAGCAAAUACGUAGACAAAACCAAUGUCUCCUCCUGGAACUCCGUCAUCGCCGAUUUGGCUCGGGGCGGCGACUCCGUCGAAGCUCUCCGAGCCUUCUCGUCCAUGCGAAAACUCUCUCUCAGACCCGACCGUUCCUCUUUCCCCUGCGCCAUCAAAUCCUGCUCUGCUUUGUUCGAUCUUCGUUCGGGCAAGCAAGCCCACCAGCAAGCUUUGGUCUUCGGCUUUGAGUCGGACCUCUUUGUGUCCUCGGCUCUCAUUGACAUGUACGCUAAGUGUGGCGAGUUGAGUGACGCAAGAGCACUGUUCGAUGAAAUUCCUCGCAGAAAUGUGGUGACUUGGACGUCCUUGAUCACUGGCUAUGUUCAAAAUGACAGUGCCCACGAGGCGUUAUCGCUUUUUAAAGAGUUGUUGAUUGAGGAGAGUGAUGCAGGGGGUGAUGGGAAAGGUUUAAUUGAUUCAGUUGCUAUGGUCUCGGUUCUUUCAGCAUGUUCUCGUGUAUCCGUGAAGGGAAUUACGGAGGGGAUUCAUGGGUUUAUAGUGAAGAGGGGCUUUGAGGGGGAUUUGGGUGUUGGCAAUACUUUGAUAGAUGUGUAUGCCAAGUGCGGCGAGCUGCGUGUGUCUAAGAAGGUGUUUGACGGGAUGGCUGAGAAGGAUACGGUUUCUUGGAAUUCAAUGAUUGUCAUGUAUGCACAAAAUGGAUUGUCCGCAGAGGCUUUGGACGUUUUCAAUGGGAUGUUAAAGAAUGGUGAUCUCAGUUACAGUGCAGUGACUUUAUCGGCUGUGUUGUUGGCCUGUGCGAAAUCGGGGGCUUUGCAAGUGGGGCAAUGUAUACAUGAUCAGGUUAUAAAGAUGGGCUUGGAGGAGAAUGUGGUUAUGGGUACUUCUAUUAUUGACAUGUAUAGCAAGUGUGGGAGAGUUGAAAUGGCGAGGAAAGCAUUUGAUUGCAUGAAGGAGAAGAAUGUGAAGUCAUGGACUGCCAUGGUUGCUGGGUAUGGAAUGCAUGGCCAAGCCACAGAAGCUCUUGAAGUCUUCUACAAAAUGAUUGGGGCUGGGGUCAAACCUAAUUACGUCACGUUUGUCUCAGUUCUUGCUGCUUGUAGCCAUGCUGGUCUUUUAAAAGAAGGCUGGCAUUGGUUCACCUCCAUGAACCAUGAAUUUGGUGUAGAACCUGGGGUGGAGCACUACGCUUGCAUGGUUGAUCUUCUUGGGGAUGCCGGUCAUCUCAAUGAGGCUUAUGAUUUAAUCAAGGGGAUGAAGGUUCGGCCUGACUCUGUAGUCUGGGGUUCCCUUCUUGGGGCUUGUAGAAUUCACAAAAACGUCGAGCUUGGUGAGAUUUCUGCUAGAAAAUUGUUUGAAUUAGACCCGGCUAAUUAUGGUUACUAUGUCGUGCUUUUAAACAUAUAUGCUGAUGCUGAAAGGUGGGAAGAUGUUGAAAGGAUGAAAAUACUUAUGAAGAACGAUGAAAUUGUCAAAACACCUGGAUUCAGUUUGGUUGAACUAAAUGGUAGGGUUCAUGUAUUUUGGGUUGGAGACAGAGAGCAUCCAGAACAUCAGAAGAUUUAUGAGUAUUUGGAAAAAUUAACCAUGAAACUGCAAGAAUUUGGCUAUGUACGCAAUACGACUUCAGUUUUUCAGGACAUUACUGAGGAAGAGAAGGAAAUGAACCCUCGAGUUCAUAGUGAGAAGCUGGCAGUUGCCUUUGGAAUCAUGAAUUCUGCUCCUGGUACAACAAUCCAGGUCAUUAAGAAUCUUAGGGUUUGUGGUGACUGUCAUACUGUAAUUAAGUUGAUUUCCAAGAUAGCUAAUCGAGAAAUUGUGGUUAGAGAUUCAAAGCGAUUUCAUCGUUUCAGGAACGGCUUGUGUACAUGUGGGGAUUACUUGUGAUAUUUAUGAGAUUUGAUAAGAAAGUUGAGAAUCUUCGUGCAGACUGGUGCCCCGUUUUUGUCAUUAUCAACAGGGCCUAACCUUACUUGAGGUUGGGAUUUUCCUAGAUGCCUAUCAGAAAGUGGCAGUAGUAAGGUUGAGAUUUUCCUGGCUGUUGUCUUUCUAUGAGCUCAUUCAAAGGGGUUGCAUCAUAUCUUUCCUGGUGUGUUUAGGUCUCGGCCAGAUGCAACUUCUGGCACUGGAGCAGUUCGCAUACGAGGAUAUGCUGUGGAAGCUUGAUACGGCAUGCUUUUUAUGCAUACAACAGGUCACUCUUUAGACAUGAAGUAUCAUGAACUAUAAGUACCAUGAUGGCAUAAUACAUUUCACAAAGCCCACAAAGCUUUAGUGCUACAUCUCCAACAGAGGCAUUGCUUAUGGAUGGAUUGGAAAAUGAGGAAGAACCACUCUGAAGAAUCAGGUCUAGGCCUUUCAGAACUAAUAUGGAAGAUUGGUUCUUCUGUUUGUAUUGACCACAAGAGUUGCUAGAAUGGAGAAGACAAAGCAUUUUUGGGGAA